AUGGCUGAGGCAUUCGCAGGCACAUGGAACCUGAAGGACAGCAAGAACUUUGAUGAAUACAUGAAGGCUCUGGGUGUGGGCUUUGCGACACGCCAGGUUGGCGGUAUGACCAAGCCCACCACCAUCAUCGAGGUAGCUGGAGACACAGUCACUCUGAAGACACAGAGCACUUUCAAGAACACCGAGAUCUCCUUCAAACUAGGAGAAGAGUUCGACGAGACCACCGCUGACGACAGGAAAGUCAAGUCCCUAAUAACGAUAGACGGUGGUAAGAUGGUUCACGUGCAAAAGUGGGACGGCAAGGAGACCACUCUGGUUCGCGAAGUCAGCGGCAACGCCCUCGAACUGACUCUGACUCUGGGUGACGUCGUCUCCACACGCUCCUACGUCAAGGCCGAGUGAAA